AUGGCGGACGAGACCCACAGCCAUGAGCGCCCCGAACGCGUGCGCCCGCGCCGCCUGGAGCCGGACACGACCGCGUACCUCCUCGAGGUCAAGACGUCGCUGCUCGAGAGCCUCGGCGACGACGGCGACGACACCAAGUCGAUUCUUCUCUGGAACGUCCUUGAGGAGCUGGCGCCGCGUAUCGCGAGUGCGGCCUCGGACCGCCACGCGUGCGAGAUCGUUGAAGUGCUUGUGGAGCACAUGUCGCCGCGCCAGCUGAGCUUCUUCGUGCACAAGAUGGAGGGCUACUACAGCCAUCUCUGGACGAACCGGUACUCGUCGCACGUGCUCCAGCGCAUCUUGUCCAAGGUCGGUGCCAUCGUGCAGGCCGAAGUCGACGGGUCGCUCGAGACCACCGAGGACGACGACGAACGCUCCAAGAACGUGCCGACGAUGGCGACGCUCAUUGUGGCCAUGUGCACCGAAGUCAAGGACGAGUGGAUCACGCUCGUCAACGACGUCAGCGCGUCGCACGUGCUGCGUGGCGUCCUCUGCGCGCUCGCGGGCCGCGCGCCCGUCGCCGAGAAGCGCGGCAAGAAGGGCAAGCACGGCGCGGUCAAGUUUGAAAAUCUCCCGAAGAAGAGGUAA